AUGCGGCGCCUCCGACAUCUGGUGCUGGCGCUGGCACUCUCCGUCGGGGCACACUUCGGGGUGAAGGCGGAGGAGCACAUUCCGACACCCAAUGCCGAGUUCAACGUCACCCUCGCGAUCGCGGACACUUCUGUGGCCGUAGGCCCUCAGUCGUGGUCAACGACUUACAGCAAUCUCAACAACGGAACCGCCGUCGAGCCGGGCACGCCAGGUAUCGGGCAGCCGGGGCUGAUCCGGAAUGGAACGGCGCCAUAUCCGACGCUAAGGCUGCCGGGGGGCGUGACCGCCGCGUACGUCUACGGAAAGCCCGACGGUGUCUCUCAGGUCAAGUUCAGAUACGCAGGGGAUGAGAGUGAGGUCGGCGUGCUUGCCUCAGACGAGGAGGGGAUGUUUGCCAAGAUUGAGAAUCUAGAGUUCUUCAAACGCACACCGCAGGGAGAGUAUGGCAACGUCGAGGUUAUGCUCGAGGGGAUUGGCGGACAGCCACUCGACCCCGAGGCGAAGCCGACGAUUGAGCGCGUUGUCGUGACGACAGGAAUCAUGUCACAAGGGUGCGUCUCGAUAGCUGUGCCUGAAGCUGACGUGAGCAGCGAAACCAUCGCCGACGCGAAAGUCACGACCUGGCCGCUGCUCAGCAACUACAUGUUCGACACACGCGGCGGCGCUCUUCGGUUUGAGAACGGUACUGCCGCGCCAGGAGCUACGGCGGCCAACUGGACGCUCUCGUACGAGUACGCUUUCAGCGUCACGGGGCAGGGCGACUGGGGCGUGUUCAAGCUCGACGGACCUACUUUCGCCGUGGCGCCAAAGGGCGCCUCUCUGCACGUCGUCGUGCCUCCGAACAGCAGUUGGAUCGGUGUGAACGCAACGCGGGGACCGACCUUCGGCGAGCUCCAGAUUAAGGAAGAUGUCAAAAUUGACGGGUACGCGCCGCAGACGGUCAGCACGAAGGACACGGCGUACGGCAAGGACCAGCUCGUGUGGUUCCGCUCCCUUGACCCGCGGGUGCAGUACAAUCUGACCCUGUUCCCGAGUUUGCUGGAUGAGAAGUCGGCCGUGGGCAUCAACAGCAUCACGUUCUACUCUGGUCUGGGCGAUGGAGAGUACCCGGACCCAAACGCAAAGAAUGCGACGGGCAAGGACGGUGUCGGCAAGGGUGACAAGUCCAGCGAUGCUGAGACCGGCACCGACUCGGCACCCAAGAAGAAAAAGAGCAACGCGGGUGCUAUCGCCGGUGGCGUUGUUGGUGGAGUUGUUGGUCUCCUGCUCCUUAUUCUGCUGCUGUGGUGCUGCAUGCGCCGGCGACGGAGGCGGGAAGACCCGGUCACACGGCAUGCCUCUGGCCCGACGGCGCCUCAAGCAGCCACGAUCAAGUCGAACUCGUACACUCCACACGGGUACGGCGGUGCAUACGAGCCUCUCCCGCGACACUCGCACUCGAACUCGCAGCACUCCUACCCCUACGAGCCGUACGAGCCGUGGGGGACUGGCAGCCUGCGCAGCGAGAGUGCCUUGGCUGUGAACAGCGGCAGCGACGUCGGCGCGAACACAGUCACUGCUACCGGCGGUGCGCCGAUUGGGGGAGCGAAGUUGGAGCGCAAGGCUAGUAUCAAGAAGAGGGGCGGUGUACCAUGGCCCCUGGUCACCCGGGGAAGUCAAAAGAGCAAGAGCUCCAAGGGGUCACACCACACUAGGGGCACCCAUGGCACGGAGAAGACGGAAAGGACAGACGCUGCCCGCCACGGAAGGGAGCGCAGCGACAGGAGAGACACUAGGGAGACGCGCGACACAGGCCACAGCCAGCCGAAGAGCAACUCCAGCUGUGGCUCCGGUCGGACCGACGACACGCCCAACUCCUCGGUCCCCUGGGGUCUGCAAGCGCAAGGGGACACUUUACGCACUCUCUCCACUCUGUCCACGGUCAGCGUACCGCUCAGCGCGGUCGGCGUGCCGAGCGGCCAGUCUGGCCCUGCACCUUGGCAGGACGUACCUCGGGCCACGGACGCAGGCUCCGUGACAGAGGAGGACCUGAUGGACCCUCCGUUGUACAACCCCGCUUGGAGUGAGAGACCUCGUGCCCAGAGAGCGAGGAGCCAGGAUCCUCGCGCGCAUCGGCUGCAGGUCCGCGAGAACUCGGCACACCGACACACCAACUGA